AUGUUAAAGGAAUUAGAGAAAUAUCGUGUUCCUGAUAAUUUCACUGGGGCUCGUUUGUAGAUUGUUUGUUCUCAAAUAAUCGAUAGCUGGGUAGCUUUGAAGCUAGCUUUUGAACACUAAACUCAAACAAUCUAGGAGAGUCCUGAGAAUAUCAAAAAGCUGAUGUCUUACUAAUUGGCAGCUUACAUUUACAAUUGCGAGACCGAAAUAGAUGACAUAGUAUAAUUUCUAUCAGUUUAUUUGGAAUAAUACUUAUAGUUGAUAAUUGAAGACAAUUCAGAUCGAUAUGUAAAGUGUUGAUUUAUCAUAAGAUUGCUGAGAGACUGUUGGAUGUAUAUAAUGAUUUGGAAUAAGACAAGGAGGGUAAGUAUUUGCAGUUGCUAGAAGAUAUCAGAGUGUAUAAUGAGCAGAAUAAGAAUAUUAAACAUGUGGCUAAUAUUUAAGAUUCAGAUGAGGACUCUGAAAAUGAGGAACCUCCUUAAUUGGUUCAAUAAUAGCAGUAAUAAAUGCAAGUUGAGGAGGAGGAAGAUAGUGUUGACUCGGAUGGUUAUGAAACAGUGAAACCAAAGAAAAGGUACAAUAAGCGUAAUUGAUGAAUGUUAGCUUUAUAUAUAUAUUAAUUG